GAGAGAGAGAGAGUAGUUCAAAAAUCUAGAAAGAGAAACAAAAAGUUUUGAAGAACGUUGUAGAGAGAGAAACCAUGGAUGGCAAAGGGGAGCGGCUUUGGCCUGUUCUCUUCUCUCCUCGUUCUUUUGAUUACAACUUUUUUGCGAUCUCUCUCUCUACAUCUCUGUUUUUGACAUGACCGCUCUCUCUCUCUCUCCUCGUUUUUUGAAAAGAAGAAAAUUCAUUGAGAAAAGGCCCUUCGCUUUUUGCCGUCUCCUGUUGUUCUCAACUUUACACUGAAGCCCCUGCAACUGAUUUCUAGUCAUCUUCUCUUUGAUCAUUCAAUGGAAAUUAGGGUUCUUUGUUAAUUUCAUUACUUUUCUUCAUUUUUCUGUGAGUUAAUUGGAAAAUGGGGUGUUUUUUUGGUUGCUUUCGUGCUAAAGAAGAUGAUCGCCCCCGUGGCCACCUCAUAUCAGAAGCUGUAUCAUCAAAAAGCAGGGAUCAUUUGGUAUCACAAAACCCAAUUUCAUCUGCUUUUAUCUACAGCUCAGAAAACAAUAAGGUUGACCUUUCUUUGGCAAAGGAAGGGAAAAGUUCUCCUGGCAAGGAUCCUGUAAUCUCAAGCGGGAAUUCUAAAGGAAAUAAUGUUGCUGAAUCUGAUGAUGAUUUGGAGCUCAGAAAUGAGGUCAAGUUCCUUAAGUCUUGUGGAGCACUAUUGGAAACUCCCAUGGAGAUAAGGAAGGCAUAUUUGAAACCAAAUGCUCAACCACAUGCUGAGGAUGCUGCUAAUGAGUUCCAUUCUUGGCUUCCUUCGUCAUCAUGCCGGCAACUCCAUUGGGAUGAUCAGAAUGACCAGUUCCCAACUUUCCACAUUUCAGAUUUAUCUCCUUCACAUAGUCCCAAAAGCACAUCUGACGAACAGAAGCUAUCUGAAAGAAAGCUUAGAGGAUCCCCUAGAGGCAGUGGGGUUCAGAGUAUUUUGGAUACUGUCAUGCCUUCAAGAGAGUUUUCAACUAUAAACUCAAAGUCUGAUUCAUUAACCAAUCCUUCAACAUCUCCCAUUAUACCUUCGGUUGGUGCUAUGCAAACUAAGAACAGAUCUGUGCGCUUUGCAUGUGAUGAAGUUUCUCCUGUUCUCUCGGAUAAGGGGUCCAUUUCUUCAGAAAAUUCCCCAUCCAAAAAUAAUGAGGUGUGGACCAAAAACUCAUAUUUUGAGGACCAUAAGCAAUCCCAACCUCAAAUAGCCAACUAUUCCCCUUAUCCGACUCCUCUGAAACUGUCUGAUGAGAUGCAAACUCCAGGCACAGUUUUCCCAAAUUCCCAUAACAACCUCUUGAUAAGCAAGAAUGUGCGGAUUCGUUCUCAAUAUGUCUAUCCUGUUUUGAAUCCUGUUGAGAAUUUGACUCAGUGGAUGACUCUUAAGGCUGAUCCUAAAUACCUUGUGUCUCAACCAGAGAAAGAGAGAUCUAAUUCUGAAAAGAUGAAAAUUCAGUCUCAAGGUAACAAAAGUGGAUCCGUUGAUAAACAAUAUGUAACUGAAGUCGAGAGACAUGACAGUAUAGAAAAGAUAAGCGCCGAAAAGUUAGCUUCAAAUGAAGAAUUCAGCAUUCAAAAUGGCAUGAGAUGUGCUGAAGCUAGAAGUUCAGUAGAGUCAAGCUUGUCUGAUUGGCUUAAGCCAUCUCAGAACAAUGGGUUGACUGUUGGUAAUGGGAAACCGAAUUCUGUGAAGAGUUCAGAUAGUGAUAGGCCUAUCCUUGGAACUGUUGCAGCAUUUUGGAAUGACUGUGAUGAGGUCCCCACUAGUGUUUCGCCCAAGUCAUGGGAUGGCAAUGGGAUUCCCAACUCGACGAACAAGUACAAGGAGGAUCAGAAGGUGAGUUGGCAUGCCACUCCAUUUGAGGAGAGGUUGGAAAAGGCACUGUCUAAUGAGAAUCUUUAUCCUCAAAGGAAACUCAUGAACUUUGAAGAGGGCGAGGAAUAUGACACUGCUGCCUCAUGAGGACUCAUCUUUGCCCCAUUUUUAAUCUGUGUUGUAAUAGGGCCUCCAGAGUUUGAGCUUGUGAUGGGUUUCUUAUUCUUCUUCAUCAUUGAUAUUCACUUUCAACCCUUAUAUUUUCCUUCCAUGUCUUGUUAUAUGUGAACAAUGUCCCCUUCCCCCUCUAUUUUCUCUUUUGGAAAUUAUAUGAAGAAGCUUCUUCCCUUUUCAUUUUUAGGCAUUAAUCUUUGUACAUAGGGGAGGUAACUGUUUAAUAUUGUUUUUGAGCUCUUUGUUUUACUGUAACAAUGAUCUUUGCCUCUAAAGAUUUGUCUCCAUUAAAAUUUCUCCUUCA